ACCGAGGCAAUCUUACUGACUUAUACGAUGAAAUCAUUACGGCUGAAGACAAAAAUAGAGCUACAAAUCAAGAGAUUAUUUUGCGAUAUUAUUCGUUUGGGGAAGAACUUGAAAAUAUGUUUGAUAGAUUUAAAAGUCUUCAUAGAGAACGUAAGGCUCAGAGAAUGCUUGUCAAAGAAGUUACAAAGCAACUCCCAAGUGAUCUAUCGAAAAAUACUAUCGAGAAAAGGAUAGAAAGAGCAAGAAAGAUUUAUGAUUUAUUUAGCACCAUUGGGUUUGAUAAGAUACAACGGAUAAAGACCCUAGUGUCGCAAAUCUACAGAUUAAGCUGGGAUGAUAUCGAUACUCUUAGAGAGAAAUUUAGAUAG